AGUGCGCUUAAACAAGUGGUAUAUAAACUAGGGUAGCCAUUUCUGCUAUAUUAACUCCUAUCAGCUCCAACACCCGAUUGAGGAUUCCAUCAAUACCAAUUCAAUUCCUUUCAAUGGCGGCUUCUUCUGCUAUUUCUUCAAUUUCUUCAUCUUUUCUCCCCAAGAAGGAUGUUGGUCUAUCUUCUUUGUCUUCCUCCAAUUGUUCCCAUUUUUUAGCUUCAAAAUGCAGGAGCAAAAUGUCAACCAAGAUUGCUUCAGUCAUGACUCCACAAAAGACUGAAAGAAAGCCUUCCACUACUGGCUCGGUGAAAAAUGCCAUGACAAUGACUGAGAAGAUACUAGCAAGGGCUUCUGAGAAAUCACAGCUAGUCCCAGGUGAGAAUGUGUGGGUGAAUGUUGAUGUCUUGAUGACCCAUGAUGUUUGUGGACCUGGCUCCAUUGGUAUCUUUAAGAAGGAAUUUGGGCAGAAUGCUAAGGUUUGGGACCGUGAAAAGGUUGUCAUUAUUCCUGAUCACUAUAUUUUUACAAGUGAUGAACGGGCCAACCGCAAUGUUGAUAUCCUGAGAGACUUUGCGAUGGAGCAAAAUAUCAAAUAUUUCUAUGAUAUAACUGAUCGUUCAGACUUUAAGGUUAAUCCUGAGUACAAAGGUGUAUGCCAUGUCGCUCUUGCCCAAGAGGGUCAUUGUAGACCAGGAGAGGUCUUGUUAGGAACCGACUCACAUACAUGUAAUGCUGGAGCAUUUGGCCAAUUUGCCACUGGAAUAGGCAAUACAGAUGCUGGUUUUGUUUUGGGCACUGGUAAAAUUUUAUUAAAGGUUCCACCAACUCUUCGAUUUGUGAUGGAUGGAGAAAUGCCUGAUUAUUUACUUGCAAAGGAUUUGAUCCUGCAAAUAAUUGGUGAAAUAUCGGUGGCCGGAGCUACAUAUAAAGCAAUGGAAUUUGUUGGAUCAACGGUUGAAAGUCUGAAUAUGGAAGAAAGAAUGACCCUUUGCAAUAUGGUAGUUGAAGCAGGAGGAAAGAAUGGUGUUGUCCCUGUCGAUAGUACCACACGCAAAUAUCUUGAGGACAAGACUUCUAUUCCCUAUGAACCUUUUUAUAGUGAUGAUCAAGCAAGUUUUAUGUCCGAGUAUCGAUUUGAUGUCUCAAAGCUAGAACCUCUUGUUGCGAAGCCCCACUCUCCAGAUAAUCGUGCAUUAGCAAGAGAGUGCAAAGAUGUCAAAAUUGACAGAGUAUAUAUUGGCUCUUGUACUGGUGGGAAAACAGAAGAUUUUAUGGCUGCAGCCAAAGUCUUCAUGGCUUCUGGGAAGAAAGUCAGAGUCCCCACUUUUCUGGUACCUGCCACCCAAAAGGUUUGGAUGGAUGUGUACACUGUUCCAGUGCCGGGAUCGGGUGGUAAGACCUGUGCUCAGAUAUUUGAGGAAGCUGGGUGUGAUACACCCGGUAGUCCAGGUUGUGGCGCUUGCCUCGGAGGUCCUCGAGACACAUAUGCACGAAUGAAUGAUCCACAGGUGUGCGUGUCGACAACAAAUAGGAACUUCCCAGGGAGAAUGGGACACAAGGAAGGGCAGAUAUAUUUGGCUUCUCCUUACACAGCAGCUGCUUCCGCAUUGACCGGUUAUGUUACUGAUCCAAGAGAGUUUUUAUAGUCACUUCUUUGUUUCAUAAUUUUGGCACCUUUUGUUUGCGAUCCCAGCGCGAAAUGCUGAAUCAAUUCUUUCUUUCUAUUUCAUUGUGCGACUCUCGUUCGGAGUAACGGAAAUUGUAUCGUACCUUCUAAUCAAUAAGUUAUGUUUACUGUGGUUAAUAUUCA